AUGGAUAUCCCCCCGGGAUAUCGGUCCGCCACCGAAUACUGCUUCGAAGAAGACCAAGCCGACGCCAUUGCUAGAACCAGCGCCUACCACCGCAGAGACUUUUGUCUCGCUGUCAUCUGGUUCUCGCCUCGUGAACACGUCAAUAUUCGUCCGUCAAUAGCAACCCCCUUCCAGCGGUCGGCGACUGUUGGACUCGGCUCCCUCGACCGGCUACCCCUCGAGCUGUUGUUGGACACCUUGUACCGCCUAGAUAUGUAUUCUAUGUUCAGAUUCCGACAGAUAAAUCGCCGGUCAAGACACAUGGUAGACUCUCUCAGCCAGUAUCAGAGGGCAGUCGUGCAUGGACUGAACCUCUUCUGCGCCUUGUUACGAACACGACUCGCUAUAGAUAUUUCUCUCCUCGACUUUUACAACGCAUUAUGUACCAAGGCGUGCGCUCUUUGCGGCGAAUUCGGCGGGUUCAUCUCCCUCCUAGUCUGGAAACGAUGCUGUUUCAAAUGCCUCAAGAACUCCCCGGAAACCCAAGUGCGGACUCUUGCCUCGCUCCGAAAGCAAUUCCAGAUGACUCGAUAUGAAAUAAACCAACUAAGAACAUUCAGGUCCCUGCCUGGGGUAUAUUCGAUGAAUGAAUCUGCAUACAAAGCCCGGGUUGCUCUCGUUUCUCUUCACCAGGCUAGCUUGGUUUGCAGACACGCUCCUGUGCAAGAGCAACCGGAGAACUUCGACCGCAAUCAGAAAUUCAAUUUUAUGGGGUCAUGUGCGCUGCCAUAUUACGAUAAACAAACUGGCAAGGUUGAACGCGGAAUUUCGUGUGCCGGGUGUCAACUUGCUGUUGAAAAAGAUAUCGUCAGCGUCAAGGGCACGAGAUUGGAAUACGAGGCUCGAGAUAAAGUAUAUGCGCAGGACGGCUUUCUCGAACACUUUCGCUGGUGUGAACAGGCACAGCUGCUGUGGAAAUCGAGUGGUGAGGGUGACCACCGGCCACCCGAGUUACCUGUGUCUGCUCGAACCGGAGGCUAUUUUCGAAGAAGAGAAUGA